AUGGCGCAGUGGCGAGAUGAAGUUCCGGACUGCUUCCAGGAGCUGGAUUUGAAUGACACUUCGUCUCCCAUGCAUCCCCAAACGAUGUAUCACCAACAGUUGAUUCCUCAUUGGACUCCCGCUGUUGCAGAGGCAUCCAUGGCUCCUGUAUCUCAACCUGGAUACAACGCGUACGGGGGAUUGUUGUCGCCGCUUGGUGAACAAUUCAUUCCGGCAUUUCCGUCCACCCAUUACCCGCCGGAUCAGAACACCACACAGUAUCAUGCUGUCAACAACAACGGCUAUGGGGCCUUAGCUGCAGAAUUUCACGGGUCUGCGGGUUAUCCCAGCUAUGCCCCCUCUACCAUGGGUUCCGCGUUUGGGCAGACACCGCCAUUGGCGGGGUCUCCCUACUCAGGAGUCGCUACUCCAGGAGCCAUGACCAAUGACUUCUCCAACGUUGAAAUGCACUAUCGUCCUGGCCACGGAGAUGAACAAGCUAACCCAUCCACUGCUCUUCGAUGUGAUAUCCCGGGGUGCAAAUACACCGGCACGUUCACCGUCAAGGGAUCACUAAAGCGCCAUCAGGAUGAGCAGCAUGGUUCCCGGCGAGCAUUCCCUUGCCUGAUUAUGGGAUGUAACAAGGGAUAUGUCCGAAAAUCUCACCUCGCUGACCACCAGCUGAAGGUUCACGGGAUUCGGACUCAAGGCUAA